AUGGCGGCUACCGCCCGGCCCCGGACCUCGCCCGGCUGCAACCACGCCGUGUUCCUCAUCCUGGCGGUGGCUCUCUGCACCCUCGGUCCCGUCCGGACGUCCAAUCCUCUGUCCCCCGCCGCCGCGCCCGCCGCUGAUUGCGCCGGCAAGGGGAAGGCGGGCAGCAACUGCUCAGAGUUAAAUGUUAAAGAAUUGGAUGAGAAAGUAUGUGAUGAAUCAUCAUGUAAAUAUGGGGGUGUUUGCAAGGAAGAGGGAGAGAGUUGGAAAUGUGUAUGCCAAUUACAGUGUCAUACAAAUUAUAUUCCUGUUUGUGGUUCAAAUGGAGACACCUAUCAAAAUGAAUGCUUUCUUAGAAGAGCUGCUUGCAAGCAUCAAAAAGAUAUAACAGUGGUUGCCAGAGGGUCAUGUUACUCAGAUAAUGGCUCUGGAUCAGGAGAAGGAGAGUACGAAGGAUCUGGAACGGACAUUCAUAGAAAACAUUCCAAAUGCGGAGUUUGCAAGUACAGAGCUGAAUGUGAUGAAGAUGCAGAAAAUGUUGGGUGUGUAUGCAACAUAGACUGUAGUGGCUACAGUUUCAACCCUGUUUGUGCAUCUGAUGGAAGUUCCUAUAAUAACCCAUGCUUUGUUCGAGAGGCAUCUUGCCUGAGGCAGGAACAGAUUGACAUCAGACACCUUGGACAUUGCUCAGAUUCUGAUGAUUCCAACUUAUUGGGAAAGAAGGAUGAUGGAAUGCAGUAUCGGCCAGAUGUGAAAGAUGCAAGUGAUCAAAGAGAAGACAUCUAUAUUGGAAACCAUAUUCCUUGCUCGGAUAGUUUUAGUAGCUACUGCAUCCAUGGAAAAUGUGAAUUCAUUUAUUCAACACAGAAAGCUUCCUGCCGGUGUGAAUCUGGAUACACAGGACAACAUUGCGAAAAAACAGACUUUAGCAUACUUUAUGUUGUCCCGAGUAGACAAAAGUUCACUCACGUGCUUAUUGCAGCAAUAAUUGGAGCUGUCCAGAUUGCCAUUAUAGUUGCAAUUGUUAUGUGUAUAACCCGGAAAUGUCCCCAAAACAACAGAGGACGGCGGCAGAAGCAAAAUUUAGGCCACUUUACUUCAGAUACGUCAUCCAGAAUGGUUUAGCAGCAUUUUUUAUACCUACAUUGACCAUGUGAUGUACAAUUUUAUUAACUUUUUUUAAAACAAUGGAAUAUUUAUUUCAGAGGCCUUAUUUUUGGACAUUUUAAUUAUUAUUGUUAUUAUUAUUGUUUUUAGUGUAGCUGUCUCGUUUUAUUCCAGGAAGCAGCUAACAGCUAUGGACUGCUCUAGUAACUUCUCAUUUCAUGGUUUGAGAAAGAUGUUAGUUUAUUUCUUGUAUUUGUAUCCCAUGGUUAUAUUGAUAAGACUUAUGCUUUAAUCAUGGAAUGUAAGAAUUUUGAAAGGAGAGACGUUUCACCAAUGGUUAUUCAACAAAUGAAAAUGGAGCCCAUCAUGUUUCUUAGCAAAAAGGGUAAAGAUGUUUACAACAUACUUUUCUUAUGAGGAACUAGAAGACACUGUGUUUAAAUACCGUAGAUAUUUAAAUGUUUUUAAAACUUAGUAAUGGAUUUUUUUAGACACUGCCAAUCGCAUGAAAUGUGGAUAUGUGUUUUUGUGUGUAGUUGUAACAUUUAGAAUGGGCUGAAUCCAGGUUAAGUUAGCUCUAUCUAGUGCUCAUAAGAAUCAGUGGACGAGUUAAUCUAAAUUCCCAUUGUUUUCAAUGAAAACAAAUUGUUCAAUUAACUUAGAAUGCAAUCCUAUACAUCUGUACUCAAAAAUAAGUCCCAUUCAGUUUAAUGGAAAUUAUUCCCAGGUAAGUAUGUAAAGGACUGCCUCUUUAGUCUGGAUCCAAUCCAAGAUAUAUGGCCCAGGUUUCAGUGCCAUUUUCUUCAUAAAUAGCUGACACUUUUAUUUUUAAAUUGUAAAAUAAUAAUUAUAAUAUACAGUUCAUUAUUCGAAAAACUGCUCAGCUGAGCAGAGCACAUUUGUCCUGGAGAGACAAAUAUAUUGUUUUUUUUUGUUAUGAAUUAUGUUAAUAAUCCACAUACCUGAUUGGGAUGUAGCUGUGUUAGCCACUGUUUAAACAAUUUUCAUAUUUACUACACUUUUCUAAAGAAGAUACCUGUUUUCACAUCAGCAAAUACAAUUGUAUAGUCUUUGUGAUUAAAAUGCAAAAAAACAAAAAUAGUAUAAAAGAUUUUGUGCUCUUGUCAAGAAUAAUUUCAAGAGCUACGAAUGUGUCUCCCCAAAAAGUCUGCUGGUUGUAUUUAUUAUAUUAAUAGGAUGUUAGUAAUUGUUUGGAAGAUUCAGAGCUAAAAUGUAACUAGGGUGUGUUCCAACUGUUUAACAUGUAGUUUUAGGCUUCCCAAUUCUGCAUGUAGGAAUAAAUAAUUUGUUCAAUAAAAAGGCUUUGAAUAUUUCAACUGGAAAGAUAUGCCAAUGCAAUGUUUUCUUUUCUUAUUUAAUCUGUCCCAAAUGCAUUUAUUCAUUAUUGUAAGGAGCAACAUGUGUGCUUGGAAAGAAAAUGGGAAAUGUCAUUUCAAUUGCAAAGCUCUGUUAGAAAGCAUUGAUCCUCUCCCUACCACCUGAACACAAGAAAAAAAAUAUUAACAUGGAUUUUAAUAGACCGUGGGUUAAUUCUUUGAUUGCUAUAUUGUUUGCUGUUCCUAGAUUAACUCAGAUAAGUUUAUGGU